CGCAUGUUUCUUCCUCGCUUCACUCCGGUCAGUCGAAGUUGGACGUCCCGCACGGAACCAGCAUCUGUCAGUCGCCGGUCCGGUUCAUAAACACAACAUUAAACGGCGUUGAAGUGCCUUAGUGAUGGAUUUGGUCUGAGAAAAGCGAUCGGAAUCGUAUUUUUUUGAAUGAAAACUUGUUCGUCAUGGCUGUGAUGCGACCGGGCGCGAUGUAUCCUUUCCGAAAACUGCACUUACCGUACGGAUUUUUGUUGAUUUUCGUGGUGUGCGGCCCAGCCUUUUGCCAGGAAAAAUUGAGUUGCGAUUCGGCGAGGAAGGGCAUAGAGGAGAAACUCAAAGUACAAUUAUUUAAAAUUCCUCAAACGAUGCAAUUAGGAACCCGUUUGGACGCCUCGCAUUCCAUUCAAUGGGCAUGGGUUGUAGCCGUCGGUAUUUGGAUGACCAGACUAUCGACCCAUUGCCCAUUGAUCUUCGAGAUGGCGCACAGAACCGGAUCGAAUGGUGAUUUAUGCGACGAAUCGUGCUGUACAAAGGAAGCAGAAAGAGAAGCGUACAAAUUAAGCCAACAGUCCGUAGAUAAAUUCCUAAAGAAUUCUAUAUCGAAAAUUUCAUCUAUAAUAGAAACCAGAGCUAGGAGAUUCGAUGAUCAAUUCCAAGGGAUGAUGAAAACGUCGAAGAAAGAAUUCCACGAAAUGUUCGAGCGCACCUACGGCAAGAUCUACCUCAAAAACUCGGACGUCUUCAGCGACUUCUUCAACGAGCUGGAGACGUACUACAAGAAGGGCUCCGUGCGGCUGUCGGAGACCAUGGACACGUUCUUCGGCAUCCUCUACCAGCGGAUGUUCACCGUGAUCAACGCCCAGUACACGUUCGACGACGCCUAUUUGGACUGCGUCUCCAGCCACAUGCAGGAGAUGAAGCCCUUCGGCGACGUGCCCCACAAGCUGGGCGUGCAGCUGCGCCGCUCGUUCGUCGCCACCAGGACGUUCUUCAAGGCGCUGAUGAAGGCCGCCGAGACGGCCGAAAGGCUGGGCGAAUUGAAAUUGGGCGAUGAGUGCUACAGGGACAGCGCCAGGAUGCGGUACUGCGGCGUUUGUAAAGGGGAAGAGGGCGCCUCGCCGUGCUCGAUGUACUGCAUAAACACCAUGCAGAAGUGCUUCAAGUACCACACCGAGGUGUCCAAUUAUUGGGAUAACUUAAUCGACGCUAUCGAUAAGGUGGGUGAACGGUUGCUGGGGCCUUACAACAUCGAAGUGGUGGUGGAGCCGUUGAAUAUAAAAAUCUCGGAGGCCAUCAUGAAUUUCCAGGAGAGCGGCGCCGAGGUGUCGAAGAAAAUCUACAGUUUGUGCGGCAAGCCGACGUUCAGCAGGCCCAAGCGCAAGGCGGAUUACAAGGAGGCCGUCCAGGACGGACCGACGAUGGAAAUCAAAAUCGAGCCGAUGAAAUUGCCCGGCCGAAAGAAGCACAAAAAGACGAUGACGAGCGUGGAGGUGCAAUCGACGCCGCUGGAGAAGAUCAUCAUCGACAUCAAACAGAAAAUCAAGGAAACCAAACUGUUCUGGAUGAAUCUACCGUACCAAUAUUGCAACAACCUGUCCAUAUCCAACGCCAGGAACGCUUCGGCGUCGAGCCGAUGUUGGAACGGUACCACUCCGAACGGUACGGCCUUUUACCAGACCAAAGUACAGCCCGCCGACAAUCCCGUAUUGAGCGAGCAAACGUACAUACUCCAGGGGCUGAACGACAAGCUGCGAAAGGCCCACCAAGGGCAGGAGGUGGAAAUGGUGGACGACACCGAGGAGGUGCUGGACGGCAGCGGAUCCGGCUCCGGGGACGGCCCCGACGACGAAGACCAACAAGAGAAAAAAUUGGAAGUGGGCGAGGGCGAAGGCGAAGGCGACAAAGACAUCACCUUCGUGGAGGCGAAAGGGGGUAAAAUCGAGGAGGAAACGAACCGCCCGUAUCCGACGACGACGCCGAGCAGUACGCGGGGGCCCGAGGUGGUCAGGACGUCCGGCGGAACCGCGAACGCCAGCAAUAUGUCGCUCACUAGAGCGUUGAUUUCGUACCUUCUGCCUAUGAUUAUGGCUUGGUUCGGAGGCGCCAUAACAAACUUGCUGUGAUAGCUUAGUAUAGGUAUUAACGAAUCGAUCGAUCGAUUGAAGGAAGAAAGGAUUGCUUUAUUUUGGAAGAUAUUUGCGCUGGAAUGUCUACUUAAAUUUGAAAAAAUCCCAAUUCAACCGCUUACUACUUACGCAUAUCUCGAGUGUCUUCGGAAUGGGGCAAUCCUUCUUUUAGCUGUACAUAGUAAAAUUUUGUAAAUAGAAAGUGUUGAAUGUGACUUUAUUAACAAUGGGACCCAAACUUGCAUUUUUUUUUGUUAAAAAAAUAGCGGCAAUUUUGAAAUGUGGCAUACAUGUUUGAAAGAGACGAAGACUUGAUGUUGGUUCCCGAGAGCCUCGUAACGCACUGAGUGAAAUGAUAUUUUUUAAUAUUUAUGUAAUAUUGUGAUAGUAUUUAUGGAUAUAAAAAGUAAAUAA